AUAUAUAAUAUGCCAGAAUGAAAUAGAUCCACUUACUUGAAACUGAUACAAGUUUUACAAGCAAUGUUGCUAUUAUAUGUUACAGGGUUGUUUUCCACAGAUCAGGAAGGGAAACUUCAGGUUCAAUGGAGUUGCUCAACAUGACUUGAACUCAUUUCUUCACACCCUUACAUCUUUGCAAAGGUUACGUCGCCAAACAUUAAGAGGCAGUCACCUUGGAAACACAUACAACACAAGAAAUGUCUCAUCAGACCAAUCAGGAGCAUUGUACCAAGAAACCAUGGCAAGCACUAUUUUUUUGAACCCGGUAGAUGCCAACACCAGUGUUACCCCAGACACCCUACCAAGGGGGUUAGGUGCCAAUAUUCCAGUCUUGCAAGAGUCUCAGGACAAUGUCAUUAUGGGGCAACCUGUACACCAACCACGUACAUUGAGGACUCAGUCUGGUUUUGGGCCAGUCUAUUCAGAGAAUAAUGCACUACCGUGGAAUGCUGGGCCUAGUCAGCCCCAAUUUAUGCCUUCCAAUCUCCAAUCAGGCAUGUUUGCUGGGUACCACACCCCUGCUCCAAAUGAGCCAUUCAGUGGUUAUUACUGCAGUCCUUACUAUAGAGAGGCCGACUACAGUCCUACCUACCAUCCCACUAUGUCCAGUUCUGCUCCAUCUCCUAACCCUCCAGUCUCAAGGCAUGAUCAACCUACCCUGUUAGCAGGGUACCUUUCACCACCACAGAAUCAACCACCAGUUCAUGAGAGCACAGGUGCUACACGUACCGUCAUGCCUUGGUCAAGUCAGGAUCCCUACACUCGACCCUACAAUGCGUCUCCAUCCAGCUCUGCUCUUCUGUGUAACCCUCCAGUCUCUGGAUAUCAUCAACCUGCCAUGUCGAGACGGCACAUUUCAGAUACACCAUAUCAACCAAUGAUUGUACAGCGGUCAGGAUCUAGCCAACCUCGGCCUAGUCAAAAUUGCUCCACAUCUGGAUUCCAUUCAGCUUCCCAUACUCCACCAAUUGUAUAGGAAAGAACAAGUAGACCAGGUUCUUCCAGUCAGGUUUCACAUUCCACUAACCUUUUGUCCCCAAUCCAAAGUACAAACGGUACUGGUAGUGACCACCCUCAACAGCAACCCAUGGGUGAUGUACACUAUCCAAGAAGUACAUUACCACCAUCAUACCACCCUCAACAGCAACCCAUGGGUGAUGUACACUAUCCAAUAAGUACAUUAACACCAUCAUACCACCCUCAACAGCAACCCAUGGGUGAUGUACACUAUCCAAGAAGUACAUUAACACCAUCAUACCACCCUCAACAGCAACCCAUGGAUGAUGUACACUCUCAAAGAAGUACAUUAACACCAUCAGACCACCCUCAACAGCAACCCAUGUGUGAUGUACACUAUCCAAGAAGUACA